CUCUGCCUGACGCCCCGCGACAACGUCUGCCUCAGCAACCCCUGCCGCAACGGGGGUACCUGCGACCUGCUGACGCUCAGCGAGUACAAGUGCCGCUGCCCGCCGGGGUGGUCAGGCAAAACCUGCCAGCAGGCUGACCCCUGCGCCUCCAACCCCUGCGCCAACGGGGGCCAGGGCCCCGGCGGCCCCAACGAGGUGGGCACCUACCAGUGCUCCUGCAAGCCGGCGUACACCGGGCCCAACUGCGAGCACCUCUAUGUGCCCUGCAACCCCUCGCCCUGCCAGAACGGGGGGACGUGCCGCCAGAUCGGAGACACCACCUACGACUGCACGUGCCUGCCAGGGUUCACAGGCCAGAACUGUGAGGAGAACAUAAAUGACUGUCCGGGAAACAACUGCAAGAAUGGGGGCACCUGCGUGGAUGGCGUCAACACCUACAACUGCCAGUGCCCACCCGAGUGGACAGGUAACAUUGCUGCUGGCAGCAAGGGCGAGGACUGCAGCGAGAACAUUGACGAUUGUGCCAUGGCCGCCUGCUUCCACGGGGCCACCUGCCACGACCGGGUGGCCUCCUUCUACUGCGAGUGCCCCCACGGCCGCACAGGUUUGCUGUGCCACCUCGAUGACGCCUGCAUCAGCAAUCCCUGCAACGAGGGCUCCAACUGCGACACCAACCCCGUCAACGGCAAAGCCAUCUGCACGUGUCCUUCAGGGUACAUGGGGCCAGCCUGCAACCAGGACGUGGACGAGUGCUCGCUGGGAGCCAACCCUUGCGAGCACGCAGGGAAAUGCAUCAACACCCAGGGGUCCUUCCAGUGCCAGUGCCUGCAAGGCUACUCGGGCCCUCGCUGCGAGAUCGACGUCAACGAGUGCCUCUCCAAUCCCUGCCAGAACGAUGCCACCUGCCUGGACCAGAUUGGAGAGUUCCAGUGCAUCUGCAUGCCCGGUGGGUGGGCGGCGCUGUGGACCCCUGUCCUGGUGCUGGGUGUGAGCGGUUACGAGGGGGUUUACUGCGAGAUCAACACGAGCCUGCACAACGGCAACUGCCUCGACAAGAUCAAUGAGUUCCACUGCGUGUGCCCCACCG